AUGGAAGCGUCAGGCCUCUCUCCUCUUCUUGUCGCCACCCUAGGCUUUCUCGGAACGGUCGGCCAGCAUUCCCUCGACGUCUACCCGCUGAUGGGCUCUCGCAUCUUCCACCUCCUCAGUUCCCUCGGCACCGUGGGGUCAUCCUCGCCGUCAUGGCGGACGAAAGCCGGAAGCGCCAAGAACCAGGCGGACCUCGACUCGAGCGGGAAAUACAGGCACAUCGAAACCAAGUUCUCCGGCAGCGCGCAAGCUCCUUGCGGCGAUCGUCCGUGCCUGCCAAUCCUUGCGCUGCGCGUGCUCUACUCCGUCCUCUCCGCGUUCUCACCGUCUCCGUUCGCGUUCUCCGCCUCAGACCCGCCGCAGCGCAUCCCGAACCCGUACUUCGCGUCCUCGAGCCUCGCCAAGUUCAACGCCACGGCCGGCGAAUGGGGCGUCUACCUCGCGCUUUCCGUCCUUCCCCGAGACGAGAAGGAUUACAGCCGCGCUCCAUUGGGCACCGGGGUGGGAUGGGCUCGAACGUGGGGUUGGUGCCGCCGUGCAGCCGUUCACGGGGUACGCGGACGCGCCACGCGGGAGCGGGAGCGAGAGAGGUACAAGUACGCGCCGUCGAAUGGGUUCGCUCCGGUGUAG